AUGGCUCCCCAAGAACAGCAACUCCACUUCGUCUUGUUUCCAUUGAUGGCUCAAGGCCACAUGAUCCCCAUGAUGGACAUUGCGAAAAUAUUGGUGCGACGCAAUGUUAUUGUCACUGUAGUCACAACACCAAAUAAUGCAGCUCGUUUCACGUCGAUCUUUGAUCGUUAUGCUGAAUCAGGGUUUCAAAUCAGAUUAGUUCAACUUCAAUUCCCAUGCAAAGAAGCUGGAGUACCAGAUGGAUGCGAGAAUCUCGAUACGAUACCUACACUGGGCAUGGCCGCUGAUUUCUUCAAUGCAACGAACUUUCUUCGAGAACCUGCUGAAAAACUGUUUGAAGAGUUAACACCAGCUCCAAGCUGCAUCAUCUCCGAUAUGUGCUUACCAUAUACAAGCCUCAUUGCUAAAAAGUUCAAAAUUCCCAGGAUUUCUUUUGUGGGAGUAAGUUGCUUCUAUCUCUUCUGCAUGUCUAACAUACGCAUCCAUAAUGUUAUGGAGAGUGUAACUGGUGAAUCGGAGCACUUCGUUGUGCCUGGUAUACCUGACAAAAUUGAAAUGAACAUAGCUAAGACAGGAAUGGCAAUGACUGAAGGCAUGAGACUGGUUACUAAUAGAUUGUUUGAAGCUGAAAUGGAAGCUUAUGGGAUGAUCAUGAAUUCUUUUGAAGAGUUGGAGCCAGCAUAUGCAGGGGGGUACAAGAAGAUGAGAAACAAUAAACUGUGGUGUCUGGGACCACUAUCAUUUAGCAACAAGGAUCACUUGGAUAAGGCUCAAAGAGGUCAAAUUGCAUCGAUUGAGGAGUGUCAACUCAGGUGUUGGCUUGAUCGUCAAAACCCAGAAACUGUAAUCUAUGUAUGCUUUGGAAGCCUGUGUAAUCUAACAGCACCACAGUUGAUAGAGCUUGGUUUGGCCUUGGAAGCAUCAGAAAGACCAUUCAUUUGGGUUAUCAGGGAAGCAAGUUAUUCAGAAUCAUUGGAAUUGGAAAAGUGGAUCCAGGAAAAUGGAUUUGAGGAAAGGACAAGUGAUAGAAGCCUUCUGAUUCGGGGUUGGGCACCUCAAUUGUUAAUAUUGUCACACCCUGCAAUUGGAGGGUUCAUAACACACUGUGGUUGGAACUCUACCUUAGAAGCAAUAUGUGCUGGUGUUCCAAUGGUUACGUGGCCACUUUUUGGAGACCAGUUCUUGAAUGAAAGUCUUGCCGUGGAUGUAUUAAAAGUUGGAGUGAAGGUUGGAGUGGAUCGACCUGUUACGUGGGGAGAAGAAGAAAAAAUUGGUGUGUUGGUGAAGAAAGAAGAUGUUGAAAGGGCAAUAGUAAAGUUAAUGGAUGAGAGAAGCGAAAAUGAAGAAAGAAGAAAAAGGGUGAGAGAGCUUGCAGAAAUAGCUAAAGGAGCUGUAGAGAAAGGAGGAUCCUCUUAUUCUAAUGCGACCUUGCUUAUCGAAGAUAUAGCGCAAAAGAUCAAACAAAAAGUAUGA